AUGGCGACGCAGAAACUCCAACAAUUGGCCAGUGCUCCUUGCGAAGGAGAUAGCGUUAGUCUCAAAGCGGAGUUGAUUCGUGCUGUCCAAAACUGGCCAGUGCUUACUGCGAGAAAGAGUGGUGAAAUUCCUCCGUGCCCGAUACAAUUUCCAGAUGCAGAAGUGGAAGAGUGCUUGCGUCUAGAGGCAGAGAAAAAUCCUCUUGACGUACAGAUGGAGAAGAUAAGGGACAGGAUUGGGAUUGGGAGUGAUGGUUGGACUUCAAAUGAGAGGUAUGAGGAUGCGCUUGAAGAGAAUGAGCACGUGAAGGCGGAGGCAUGGGAUAAAGCGGAGGGUGAUGUGAGGAAGGAGAUUUUAGAGAAUUGGCCUUGGGAUGACCAUGAGGAGUAUUGA